AUGAUCGAUCAACUCCCUGUCGAGAUCACCGCAGAGAUCCUGCGCUAUCUCGGCUUUGCAACCCACCAGCGGCUGCGGGCAACCUGCCGCAUGCUCGCUCGGAUCGUCGAGGGCCUGCCUCGGCAGCAAGGAUACAUCUCUCGGUACCGCACACUGCCUGAGUUGUCGGAUCGGCUGCCGCACCUGAUUCAUGAGCUGCUUUCAAAGCAGUGUCUACCGUCGGUCCAGGACGGCCCUUGGCUCCAUCUCGCCCUGCUCAGUCCUCACAUCAGCUGGCAUCAGCCCGGAAACGGCUGGCCCUCAGCGGCCUGGUCAGCGCCCGAUGGCUGCGGUGCAGCGUCCCUGGUCCCGCUGUUGAGCAACCAUAGUCUCCACGAACAUCGACUCUAUGUGCUCUUCAAGAUCCAGCGAUUCAAGGUGCCGCCAGCAAACGAUCCCGAAUCCGAGUCCGAGCCCGAGCCCGAGCCCGAGCCGGCAGCCGAGUCUGAAACGAAACCCGGAGCAGAUACCAAAUCCGAACCCGAUGCUGCUGCCAACCGGACCAGCAUCGACCAUGCCCAGAAACAAACCCCACUUCCCCGGCUAUCGCCUCCAAAAGCACCGCCGCUGACCCGCCUGCGAAUCUCGGUCCGACUGCUGUUUGGAACGGGCCUCAGGCUCGAUCGUGGCCUCUACAUCAUCUCGGAAGGCAUUCGGGCCCCGAUGGGCGACUGCACCUCGGUCUGGCUGAGGCCCGAGAACCGCCCGAUCCGCAACGUCUACAACACUCCCGACUGGGGCGGCGACCCCGUUAUGCGCAAGCAGCUGGGCCAGGACCGCCAUUCGACGCACCUGCGUGCGUUCAUGGAAGAGAGGAGCCAGGUCGAGCUGCGAUAUCGCGGCGGCGGAUCCGAUGCCUUCCUGAACGAGACGUUUUCGCUCCUGCGGUCGCCGGAGGGUGAUCUGCACCAGAGCGACUCCAAGAGUUGGAUCCAGAUGGUAUGUCGCAAUACCGAGCGCAUCGACACUGCCGAGAUUCUGCCGGCUGCAUCCCUCAGUCAAGACCACCACGGCGCGGUUAGAUCCAGCCGCUCAGGCCAUCUCCAUCAUGAGUUUGGUGCCCAUGCCGAAGAGAAGGCCUUGGCGCUGGUCAAAUGGUUCACCGAUCUGGCGACUCGGCUGCUGGAUGAGACGAAUGCGGCCCCGCACGAGAACCUGGCUCGACACAAAUUCGCACUUCGGCGGAAGCGAUGA